GACUUUGACGUUGAUGUGGAAUGGCAUGAAAUGUUGACGUUUCUCUUUACCAAUUUACAACUUAGUCUUAGCCGCAGUAAUACAAAUUACUACGAUUUGACUUACAUUAUUAACUAAUUUUCAUAACGAGUUUCUCCCCAUUAUAUUUCGUAAAGAUUCAAAAUGGCAGAAAGAGAACCAAUUAGUGGAUCAAGCCGCGACUACGGAGCCAUUGCAGCUCCACCUUCAGUAGCCUUUGCUGAUUUCAGCCCAACAGAACUAUACAAUCUCAGCGAAGGCAUUGCAGACAAUGUUAACACAAUUAAUAAUGGAUUGAGAGCAUUAGAAAAGAUGAUGAAACAAAUUGGAGGGCCGAAUGACAGCGUGCAACUGAGAGACAAAAUACAUGACACUCAACAAAAUGUAAACAGUUCUGUGUCAGCAACAGCACGGGAUAUACAAAGGCUGGGUGUAGUUGUUCGGAGAGGAGACAAGCCACAGAAGUUACAAGUUGAAAGACUAACGCAAGCCUUCAAAGAUGCGCUUGCUAAGUACUCAUCUGUGCAAAAGCAAGUGUCAGAAAAGAUGGCAGCUCACAUACCAACACAAGGCCGUCCAAGGAACGACCCUCAAGCUCUAGAGAGACAGGCUAUAGCUGACGAUGAAGAAGCGACUUUAUUAGCGAACCAACAAGCUCAGGCUCGUCUUGUCCAGUUCGAGACAAGCAUGCUUAUAGACAAGGAAGCAUAUAUGAACAAGAUUGAAGCAGAUGUUUUAGAUGUUAAUCAAAUAAUGCAGGACCUCGCUGAAAUGGUCAGUGUCCAAGCUCAGACUGUUGAUACAGUAGAAAGUCACAUCGAAGCUGCCAGUGCUGGUGUCGAAGCGGGGGUCGAUGAAUUAGCGAAAGCAGCUGAAUAUAAACGUCGACUCAGACGAAAAAUGUUCUUUUUCUCACUAAUCGGAAUAAUCCUUGCCAUUAUUUUGAUAGUGUGGAUAGUUAAAGCGUUCAAAUAAAUUAUUUAUCGUUAUUUA